CACAUUUGAUAUACCUCCUCACUGCUCGUAACGGAAGCCGGAGCGCAAAAACAAAAACCAAGAGCCAACAUUUGCCGGGAUUUUACGGUCUUGCGCCAUCUGGCGCCCGGAUGACUCAUUUGAAACCAGCGAUUUCUGCAGAAAUAUGCCCUGUUUUUAAAAUGGGCGGAUCACACACAGCACAAGGGGAGUGUCAUGAUAUAAAGCGAAAGUGUGAACGAAAAGAAAUACCGCGGCGACAGCGACGAUGGUCUUUACCGGCCUGGUUUUAUUUAGUGAACAUGUUUUAAGUCACUACCGAGGUGUCCGAUGGCUCUGGUUUCAGUGGCUUUCCCCGUCUGCGUUAUGAUAGUAUGUUGGUCUCAAUUAUCCAGCAGCGAUAACAGCUGUCCAUGUCCAGAAAUUCCAAAGUUGAAUUUAACAAACCUCCCACAACAAGGCUGCUUCGAAAUAGAUGCCCGUUUUCGCUACAAAUGUAUGGAUGGUUACCUGAGAAAAGCGGGAACCUCAAAUUUAAUCAAAUGCGAAAAUCCUGGAGCACAGUGGAGCAAACCAUCGCUGGUGUGUAUACCUGACCCAAGGAUAACCACAACACAACCACCAAAAGCAACAAGUACAACAACAGAGAGUCACACUGAUAUUUCCUCUUACUCCGUCAGUACUUCCGCUAUCACAACAGCUUCUACUGCCCAGAUGAUGCAGAAUUCAAGCACAGUGCUUGAACAAGGAACCAGUACACAGACAACCAUCCACGCAGAACCUGUGAUGGAGACAACAGGACAGACUGACACAAUAAAGAACACCACUCAUUCUGCGCUUGGAAUUGAUGCUGCAGCAGACUCUACAAGAACCACAGCGGCAACAGUCGUCACUGUUUUACUGGUGACUCUUUGUACUGCAGGGUUAGUCUUACUGUAUCAAAGGAGGCGAAGAGAGCACACCCCAGUGAACCAAGACCCAGAGGAGCUGUGCACACUGAAUGCAUGAGUCCUCGCCCACCUGCAGUGGACCAGUAAAAGACACUGACUUUGUUGCGGUUGCAGAGAGCUGCAGCAGUGUUUUACCAAAAGCAACAUCCCACUACAGUGAAGAAUAGACUCUUACCUCCACGUAGGACUGGUUGUCAUCAGUGCCUGAUAACCCAUUUGAACUUCUGUGGACGUCAUCCCAAAGAAUCACAGCCAUGUUAAUAUGGCAGUGCAAGAGGCUCAAUCUGUAACUUUCAUCUUAACAGCUUUCUAGCUUCACAUUACCAAAAAACAACUCUAUAGGAACUUUAUCGUUCACAUCCCUCUGGGUCAACCAUUGCUCUGGUGCUAUGGUGGGAAAUGUUUGAUUUCUAUUUCUUUUAUUUAUUAUUCAGAUCUCAUGAAAAUACUAAAACUGAUAAUGAGUUACUCAGACUAAAUGUUGUCUCUAGCCAGGCAUUGAUGCAAUGUAUUGCUUUGCCACAGAGAUUAACUCUUGUACAAAAACUUUCCUAUCUUCAGUAUCAAUCAGGCUAGAUGGACACAAGCAGACCAAAUUAUUUGUUCAAUUUUCUGCAGAGUAUUAUUUCGGCCAGUAACAACAUGUCUUUUGGAGCUGCUACGCUUUCUGCUCAAACAUUCAGUAAUUUGUGUGGGUCCUUAUUUAGACCUGGCUUUUAGCCCCUUAGAGAAACGAUCACUGGCCACUUUGUUAGCUAUGCCUGUUAAGUCAGGCAAGUCUGAUUUGUCUGACUUAAGUACAUCAAGUUUUACUUGGGUAUGGAGAUUGAUCUUAAAGGAGAAGCUUUAAGAUCUUUUUUUUUUUUAAAUAUAUAUAUACACACACUCACUCACUCACUCACUAUGUUUUUAAAUUCUGCAUUGAUGAAUCAUGUAAUCAAGGCUUUUAAUUGUUUAAUAAAGUAUUUAUUGAUGGA